AUGGAGAAGCCCCUCACCGUCCUGCGAGUGAGCCUGUACCAUCCCACUCUGGGCCCAUCUGCCUUUGCCAAUGUCCCACCACGGCUGCAGCAUGAUACCAGCCCUCUGCUGCUCGGACGGGGGCAGGACGCCCACCUCCAGAUGCAGCUCCCUCGCCUCUCCCGCCAUCACCUGUCCCUGGAGCCCUACCUGGAGAAAGGCAGUGCCCUGCUGGCCUUCUGCCUCAAGGCCCUGAGCCGCAAGGGCUGCGUGUGGGUCAAUGGGCUGACGCUGAGGUACCUGGAGCAGGUCCCCCUGAGCACCGUCAACAGGGUCUCCUUCUCAGGCAUCCAGAUGCUGGUUCGUGUAGAAGAAGGCACAUCCUUGGAGGCUUUUGUCUGCUAUUUCCAUGUCAGCCCUUCACCCCUGAUUUACAGAUCUGAGGCUGAGGAAACUGACGAAUGGGAAGGCAUCUCCCAGGAGCAGCCUCCCCCCGGUUCAGAGCAGCAGACUCCAGGUUGCCUGGGGUUUCUCCACGGCCCUUCCCAGACUUGGGACAGCCCUCUCCAGCCAAGACCUGGAGGAGGAACAGAAAUACAGCUCCAGAGGGAACCCCCGGACAGUGCACUCUGCUAG